GCGGCUGGUUAUCAAUGUCUAUCGCUGCCCUGUUCGUGACGACUGACUGCGAAUAAAGGUUUUUUCCUCGACGACAAAAUGGUCCUGUCGAGGUUGAUUGUAAACUAAAUCCGUAUUUUUUGCGUAACUCCGGAUACUGUUUAUGCUCGUUUGUUUGUGAUUAGAUUGCGAAACAAGUGAAUUCAGCCAGCGGUGGACGAAGUUAGCACUUUCGGUACCCAUAGUCCUGGGCUUAUCAUCGCGUUAACCCACUCGCUAUCUGUGCAUCCAUUCGCAUCGGAUCGGUUGCAGCAGCGAAAUAAAAAAAUCAACUCUGAUUUUGGGUUCGCUUUCACAUCCAUCAGAUUCAGCGGCAGCGGAUGUCACGGGAAGGAACGGGGUUUUCCCGCAGCGGCAGUGCCAGUGGGCCACGUGAUUACGGAGCGACCAGUAGUAGUGCCGUCACCACCAUGCCGACGGAUAAUAGCAACUUUGGUGGUUUCAGCCCGACGGAAUUCAUCUCGCUAAGCGAGUCCAUCGCGGCGAACACGAUAUUCGUCAAGCAGAGUUGGCAAUUUUUGGAGAAAGCUAAUCGGACCGUGGGCACACCGAAGGAUAAUCAAACGUUGCGGGAGAAGGUGCACGAAAUUCAGACAGGAACAAAUCAAAGGAUUACGACAACCAGCAAAGACCUGCAGCGGCUAACGGUGGUUGUGCGACGAGGUGACAAGCAGCAAAAACUGCAGGUCGAGAAGCUAACAUCGGAUUUCACACAUGUAGUACAAAUGUACCACAAAAGCCAACAGGUUAUCGCGGCAAAGAUGAAACAGGUUCUAUUGGUCAAUGCCUCCCAGCAGGAUGAUUUGAACGCAUCCGGUUUUGGUGAUGGUACCAACACCAGCCAGGAUCAGCUUCUCCAGCGGCAGCAGCAGCAGAUACAGCAGAGUCUACAGUUCGAACAGGACAUGCUGUUGGAACGAGAAACUCGCUUCCGCAUGAUUGAAGCCGACGUGCUAGACGUAAAUCAGAUCAUGAAGGAGCUCAGCAGUCUCACCCACCAGCAGGGAGAAGUUCUCGAUACCAUCGAGAACACCAUCGAGCACACGGUGUCAAAUGUAGAGUCGGGAACAUCAGAACUGGCCAAAGCGGCCGAGUAUCAAAAUAAAUACCGCCGCAAGGUUAUCUAUCUGCUGAUACUCGCUGUGAUAUUGGGGGUUAUAGUCACCGGUAUAAUCGUUUCCAGGCUUAAAAGCUAAAUCCUCACGCCGCGUAACGCUUUGUUGCUGUAUCGGUAAACAGGACGUGUAUUUUAUCACCUGUGUUUUCCAGUUGUCCGUUUUUGUUUCAUUAUUUUCAUUCAUAAAUUAUUUUACAGCUUCUGAGUCGAUAGUAUAAGAUCACUGUUAGCAUAUAAAAUUCACCCGUGAGAAAAUAAUUCUAGGAAAUAACAUUUGUCUGCCUACAUUCUAUCUUGGAUAGCCUUCCGAAGUAUAAGUUGUAAUCUUAAAUUCGAAUCAAUUUUCCUACUGUUAAAAACUAAUGUAAGUUUGGUUUUAUAUUCCACCAAUAGGAUAUGAAUAUUACACGAAUAUAUCAAAACAUUAAACGUUGCUUAGCUUACUGUACAGUUACAGUAGCUAAGGGUAAUGGAAAUAAUAGUGUUGGCAAUCAAAAUUAAACAUUCACUCAAAAAUAUUAUAUAAUGUUUAUUGCAUAAACACUGCAAGGUUUAUACUUAUUCAAUAAAAAUAUCAACGACCAAAA